AUGGCGCUGACAAUAGCCAUCUGUUACGACCGGCUGUCGUGGUAUGUCAUCGAAGACGGCCUCAAGAAUGAGUUGAAAGAAGAGUCCCAAAAGUUCGUCACAUUUGCGUCCAAUGUAUUAGACAUUUGCUAUAAAGACUCAUUCAAGAGGACGAGUCAUGUGCUCAACGAGUCGUCCAAAGAGUAUAGUUUCAAACGUCCGCUAGAUUUAGCUGCUUUUGGUCGCUUUCGACAAUUCUUUACACAUCCGUCGUGCCAGAGAUGGCUAACCGAUAAAUUCUACGGAAAUAUAUCGGUUCGUGAGCUCAGGAUCAAUUGCUUUCGUUUGCCAACACUCAUGAAACUGUUACUCAGCGCCUACCUCCUGUUCCCCAUCUACUUCUGGGUACGACUACCGAACUAUGAGGGAGAGGCUGUGAUCGGUGAAGAGGAUUCAGAGGAUGAGGACGAAGAGGUGGUUACCGGCCAUAGACUCAGUAAUAGUAAUCAAAAUUUAGCCAAUCAUACGAAAAAUCUUAAUGAUUUGGACACCAGUUCCGCGUCUGGCGUGAGCACUGACUCCAGCGACUCGAGUGAAGACAAGAGGACAACUGGUGCCGAGAACUCCAUUCAUAAGAAAAAUACUGCAAAUAAAUCGAAAAGUAAUAUAAAACCCGAGAUUAAAACGUUCAGUACUGAGAGCAUUAUGGAAAAGCUGGUCCUCUAUCACCGACAGCCGCCCAUUUGGCUACUGAUCUACGAAACGUGGAGGGCACCCAUCACUAAGUUCUGGAACUUUCAGUUCUUCUAUACCUUAUACUUAUCCAUAUUCAGUGUGGCUGUGCUGUACCCCCGGUGCGGAAACUUGUAUUUGGAUUUAGUGGUCGCCAUCGCACAGAAGAGUAGUACUAAUAAUAACACCAAAGAUGUUAACCAUUACGACGAGAAUGAUAGCAGUGAAGCACAUCAUGUGAAUGAAGGUGAGGAAGAGAAACAGGUGGAGAAUAAGAUCUUAAGCAGUGUUGACAAGUAUAUCACUGAAGAGGAAAUCCUGGCCCAGUCGUGGGUCUUCUUUGUUGGGGGGAUACUCUGCUGA